AACAGCUGUUACGUCACAACGUUUUCGUCUGGCUGGAAGUAGAGCCGACUCCGUGCUGAACUGACACUAAAAACCGUGUAGUUUGUGUAACUUAUAUUUGAAAUGUGGUGCGAAUGACAGUGCGCGACACAAAGCGACAUAUUUCAUGUAGAGUUAGCCAUCGGGAAACGGACUCAAUGGAAGUGGAGGACAGUCCGCUGAACCUGAUCUUCUCACAGAAGCAAUGAAGACCACAGAGUGUGAACAGGCUCGUCUGUCCAUGGAGCUGCAGAGAGAUAGCCACAUCAAACAGCAGCAACUGAUCCAAGAACGCUGGAAGAGAGAAGCUCGCCGUGAGGCAACCAAGGCCCGGCCCAGCCUGGUGCAGCCUCCUGGUGGUCCGAGGGUCCCUGCGGACGCUCAGCAUCCAGACCAGCCUCAGGUUCACAGCAGCCUCUCAGCUGAACCCAGCGGCGAGAGGGAAUACGACACCUUACUUUAUCAAUUUCAAGUCCGACAGACUCACAACUGCCAGCCUUCGACUCCCCCGUGCUCUGGGUCUAAAACCAUUAAAGAUGACAAAACUCGUCUUGAAGAGCAACAGACCACCAUUGAAGACCUGCGGCGCCUGGUGGACCACCUAAUGAAUGAGAACCAGCGCCUGUCAUCCGAUAACGACAGGCUGAGUUUGGAAAACGCGCGGCUGCAUUCGGAGGCGGCGGACUUUGUGGAGCGCUCGGAGCUCUGGGUGCUCCCACAGGCAGGGAGCGUUAUGGGAACAGGAAGUGGGCAUGAGAGGAAGAGUACUGGAAAAAACAAGGAGAUCGCCAUCCCUCAGCUGCCCCCGCUGGAGAUGCCAGCUGAGGAGGAUCUGUGUCUGGACAACCUGCCGCCCCUGGAGCUGCCAGAGGACAUCCAGAACGAGCUCCAGGAGCUGCUGGACAUGGACAAACUGUGAUGAAAUGACAUCACUGUCAUCAUCAUCAUCAUCAUCCUCAUCGUCAUCAAAUCAGUUAAACUGCUCAGCUUCAGUUCAAACACCAAAGUGCAGGACAUAAACCUCAAAUUUAAAUCUAGAUUCUUCAUAUUUACAAAACAAGGAUCAAAUGAAGGAGAUUUUCACUUUGAAAACCUUUCAGGUGUUCAUGAGUUCUGUGGUUCUGUGAGAAAUGUCUUCUGUCAGAUUUAUAUCUAAUUACUGUCAGAAAUACUCCUGCAGGAAAACUUUUAGCUGCUGCAGUUUGAAACUUCAUUUCACUUAAAGCCCAGCCUUCCUUCACAUUCAGUACUACAUCCUCCACUCAGACUAGCCGUUAGCUCAUCAGUGCAGGUUCACAGAGCAGACAGGUAAGAUGUUUGUUGUUCAUAUCUUUCCUACAGAAACCCUUUAAGACAUCAGGAAGUCCCAACAGUAAAAGCACCAGUGAUGGAAGCAGAAGUUUAAAGGCCUGGAUGAUGCUGAGGUGUUCAGGUGUCGGUGGCAGGAUAAGGUGGCUUCCUGGUGGAUAAUGUUUGUUCAGGUUUUUCUUUUUAAAUCAGAAAAUAAUUAGUUUGAAAACAGCCAACAAUCAUCUUAACUCCAAACACAUUUUCUUUUUGCCUGUUGAAUGUUGUGGGUAAAACGAUGUGAAGCACAUGAGAGCAGGAUGGUGCAGAAAAAAGAUGAGUUUUCCCUGCAGCCGUCUGUUCGCACCGAGGCUCACACUGAACGCUCCACCACUGAGCAUGAAGGAAAGGGAACCAGUACUACCAGCACAGGACUGCAGAAAGUUCAUUUGAUAAAAACUGUGGCUGCAUUUUGAUAUUCAUGUAGCAGAAAGUAAAGGCAUGAAUGAUGAGUGUGUGGAUAUUCUUUAUGUUUUAGUCAUUAAAACUGAGUAAUGAAAGCCUAAAA